GUGGGCGGUUUCCCGCGCCGAGAAGAGAGCUGGCCACUGCGCUGCCGCCUCGCUCGCAGCUGCGCCGGGCUGUAGCCUAGCUCCGCGUUCCGGAGUCGCCGCAGCCCGCGGGGCAGGUGAGCCCAGCGCGCUCCGCGCUACCCAUACCCGCGCACAGGGAGUCGGGGGCGCGGUCAGUUCACUGCGCCGGGCCCAGGGCUGUCGCCGCCUCCCCCAACAACGCACAGCGCAGCAGCUGGGUGAAGCCACAGACUCCUGGUCUCUUGCCUGUCUCCCUCAUGAGAAAAACCAACAUGUGGUUCUUGGAACGACUUCGGGGAUCUGGGGAGAACGGAGCCAGCCGCGGGGUGGGUGGCGAGGCUGGGGACAAGGCCUCUAAGGGCCCCUUGUAUAGCAACGUGCUGACUCCGGACAAGAUCCCCGACUUCUUCAUCCCGCCCAAGCUGCCUUCUGGCCCCACAGAGGCUGAGGGACAGGCGGACCUGGGCCCCUCCACCUCAGAGCAAAACCUGGCUUCACCUGGGCCCCGUCGAGCACCUCGCAGUCCCCGGCUGCCGGUCAAGUUGGCCUCAGAGAGCAGGAACCUGCUGAAGGCAGCCACACGACAUGUGAUUCAGAUAGAGAGUGCGGAGGACUGGGUAGCCGAGGAAGCCACCAACGCUGACCCCCAGGCGCAGGGUGCCAUGUCAUUGCCCUCUGUGCCCAAGGCUCAGACAUCCUAUGGGUUUGCCACACUGGCCGAGAGUCCCCAUACCAGACGCAAGGAGUCCCUUUUCCACAGUGAGCACGGGGCCCUGGCCCAGGUCGGAUCCCCUGGUGCUGGCCGCCGGCGAGCAGGGGCCAAGGCCAAUGGAGGUGAUGGGGGAUCUCGGGAGGUUGGGGGGGCCCUGAUGAGCCCUAGCCGCUACUUCAGUGGCGGGGAAAGUGACACAGGGUCCUCUGCUGAGUCGUCCCCCUUCGGGUCUCCUCUGCUGUCUCGCUCUGUAUCGCUGCUCAAGGGCUUCGCCCAGGACAGCCAGGCCAAAGUGAGCCAGCUGAAACAGUCGGUAGGUCGCCAUGGCUCCCUGUCUGCAGAUGAUAGCACACCAGACACCAGCCCAGGUGUCCGUCGCCGCUUGACCCGCAGGGCUACCCCGGAGCCAGGACCGGAGUCUGGCCAGGCACCACGUGGAGAGCACACAGUGAAGAUGGGCACCAGGGGCAGCGUGAGGCUGCUGGCUGAGUACGAGGCUGCUCAGGCCCGCCUGCGUGUGCGCCUGCUGGCGGCCGAGGGCCUGUAUGACCGGCCCUGUGAUGCCCGGAGCAUCAAUUGCUGCGUGGGGCUGUGCCUGGUGCCCGGGAAGCUGCAGAAGCAGCGGAGCACCAUCAUCAAAAACAGCCGCCACCCCAUCUUCAACGAGGACUUCUUCUUUGACGGCCUGGGGCCAGCCAGUGUGCGUAAGCUGGCCCUCAGAAUCAAGGUGGUCAAUAAGGGUAGCAGCCUCAAGCGGGACACACUCCUGGGGGAGGAGGAACUGCCACUGACCUCCCUGUUGCCCUUUCUGUGAGGUCACUGGUUCCUCCUUAAUAUACUUAGCUCAGCUGGGCCGGGUGGGGGUGGGCGGGGCC